UAUCAACAGGAAGUUGUGCAAGCAGGUUACUUGAUCCCUCCAGGUGAGCGGUUGGGUUAGUAGAGCUGCUGCUGCAGCAGAGAGCGGAAGCCCCAGAGACACCUCAGGUGGAGCCGGCUGGCUGGUGUUCUGGGAUCCUGCUGCAGCCACAAGGGGGAAAGAAAGUCCGACUGCGAGUGGAGCGUGACCCCGGGGCAGACCCCACCAAGGCUGCUGGCCCCUUGGACUCAUCGGUCUGGGUUCCUCUGGAAGAGCAGAGGGAUUUUGCUUUCGGGACUGACAUUCAGCCUUAAUCUUCGCUACCAGGCAUGGGGGGCAUGUGACCCUUGAUGGACACUGCUGCACAGGGCACGGCGGAGCCGGCGAGCAGAGUGGGCGGCGUGCGGAGGAGCAGCUGGGGGGCGUGCAGCAGCUGAGCAGCAUGCCCGUGGAGACCCUCCAGGCUGGGGACGUGAUGAAGGGGGUUUCGGUGACGGCGCCCUUCACCUCGGCAAUGCCAUUCCGGAUCCUCAACAAGGGGCCUGAGUACUUCCGCCGGCAGGCGGCCACCGGCGCCAAGAAGCCAAGCGCCGUGGAGAGGCUGGAGGCGGACAAAGCCAAGUAUGUGAAGAGCCAGCAGGUCGCCAGCACCAAGCAGGAGCCGGUGAAGCCGCUCCUGAAGCAGCCCCUCUUCGCCCCGGGGGUCCGGAGAGCCAUGCUCACUCCCAGCCGCAAGACCCCGCAAGGGGGCCGCAGGGUGGAAGCCUGUGGGCCAAAGACCUCCUUGAACCUGGAGAUCCUCAACAACCUCAUCAACAUCUGUGACAGCCCCCUGCCCUUUCCCAAGUCGGAGAGCCCCCGGGAGCACAAGUGGAGAGCAGAGACGAGGGAGCCCCCAGGCAAAGAGCGGGGCGGGCACCCCGCUGUGCAGAGGAGGAAGGGCCCCUCGGAUGGCAUGAGCAAGCUGUCGGAGAGCUCCGUCACGUCCAAGCCCUCCAGCACGGUGGCCGUGCGCAGAGUGGAUGUUCGGCCCUGCGGGGUUCGUCGGGACAGGGUGACCCCAGCCAUCCAGGUCACCCCUGGGCCCAGCUCACCCGCCAAGGCCAGGAUCCCCUCUGCCAGCUCCCUUAGCUCACCAAAUAGAAGCCCCCACGACAGGCGGACAGACAGCGCCAAGCGGCAGACCCUCCUGCACAGGUCCAAGUCCGACCUGAGUGACAGGUACUCCCGGGCCACGGCCGACCUGGAACGCUUCUUCAACUACUGUGGGCUGGACCCCGAGGAGGUGAGGGACAUAGGGGUGGAGCACUUUGCCCGGGCCAGCUCGGACAUCGUCUCCAUCAAGUUUCACAGCGUCAGCACCGCCAGCUCGGAGUGCGCCCGCUCCCAGCGCAGCGCCGCCACCCUGGAGGACAAGCAGGCGGAGCGCAUGCCCUACGGCAUCUCCGUCAUCGAGCGCAACGCCAGGGUGAUCAAGUGGCUGUACGGACUACGGCAAGCCAAAGAGCCCCAAAAGGUAUCCGACGUAUAGUGACUCCAUGGAUGCCACGAACUCGGAUAGCAAAGCCUUUUAGUGUGUGUGUGUGUGUGUGUGUGAUGUACAGGGGGUGUUUUAAUUUCUUGCAUGACUCAGUCUGGCCCCGCUGGGAAACACCCUGUGGUGGCGUCUCACUGAUAGAGCGUCCUUUAACUCUGGUCCCUGUCCCCUGUCGGCCUCUCCCAGCCCCUUACCCUACCCCGCGGGGUUCAGAGAUCGGGUCCCUGCAGCAACGAGACGUUGCCAGACCGAGAACAUCAAGAGUUGCAAGGCCCUAGCGAAGAGACAGGGCGAGUUUCCUUGGCACGGGGGCCGAGGGGAGGAGCG